GUGUCCAUUUCAGAGAAAAGCAAAGCUUGCAAGAAAAAAUUUAAUGUAAUAAAUUCAUUUCUCAGACUCAGCAGCAGCAGCUACUUCUUUGCCACCCCAUCGGGCACCAACUCCUAGGCCCUACUUGAUUUUUUCCUCUCUCUCUCUCUCCCAUUAAGCCUUCACUUCUUAACUUAAGUAUUUCCCAACAGUUUCUUUCCUCUCUCUUCUCUCUUUUAAAUUCAAUUCUGAGAAAAAAAUUAUAGUUUAUCUGUGCCUCUCUUUACUCUUGUCCUAAUGGCAGAAGGAAAACCAGAAACUAAACAAGAAUCUAAGCCAGAAGCCAAACCAGAAUCUAAAGAAGCAGAAGAAAACCAAGAACCUCCUCUCAAGUACAAGGCUUGGGAGUUGAAAGUCUCCAUUCAUUGUGAAGGCUGCAAGAGGAAAGUUGAAAAGACUCUAAGAAAGAUCGAGGGCGUUUACGAGGCUUAUGCUGAUUUGAAACAACAAAAAGCAACGGUAAAAGCAAACUUACAUGUAGAUGUGGAAACUUUGAUCAGGAAACUAGCAAGGAAAGGGAGAUAUGCAGAGUUAUGGCCUGAAAAAGCUGAACAAAAAGAGAAAAAGCAUGGAAAAUCAAAGAACAAAGACAAACAAGGUGGCCAAGCAAACAGUGAAGAAGGUAAUAGUAAUAACCAUGGAGGUGAUAAAGAGAAAGAAACAGUGAAAAAUGAGGUCUCAGUUCACCAAGACAGUACUGCAAAAAACUGUGAAAGUGUUGGUAGCACUAGCAAGAAUGAUGAGGGUUGUAGCGUUAGCAAAGCCCGUGAUCAAGGUGGUGCACCUGGUAAAAACGGUGGACAAGUCAAGGAACCAAAGCCUGAGGUCAAGCAAACUGUGACUUUUGUGGCCGGUAAUCAUUCACCGGUGGAUGAGAAGAAAGGUGGUGGUGGUGAAAGCGAGGGUAAUGCUGGAGGUGAGAAAACUGGUGGCGAUUGUAGUGGCAGUGGAAGUAAAAAGAAAAAAAACAAGGGGCAAAAAGGGAAUGCUGAUGCUAAUUUUGAUGAGGGUGAACAUUCUGUUGAUGGACCUGCAGGCAUUGGAUCACAUUUUACUGGUCAUGGACCUCAUGGCCCUGUUCCCAUGCCAUCUCCAGCCAGUCAUCGCCCUCCAAGUCAGCACCUCAUGUAUCCUGAGUACCCAACGUAUUACCAUGCACCACCAGUGUACGUUACCAGCUACAAUACAGCGUAUCCUGGUACUAGCUAUACUGCAUCGUAUUAUUCCUCACCACCACCAUAUUCGUAUACCUAUAUGCACCCGGGCCACAUGAGUGAACAUCAGCCAUCAGAUUUCAACACGAGUUCAUCACAGUCGACUGAUUCCUUCGAUAUGUUUAGCGACGAGAACCCGAAUGCAUGUUCAAUUAUGUGAUGUACUCUUCAGCAGUGUAUGAAUGCGGAGCUUAUACUACUUGUAUAAGUGCAUUUGAGGGGAUAAUUUUGCAAUGUAUUUAGGUAUAGAAGGAAACCUUGUAGCUUAAGUUAGGGAAAAAAGAAUAAGAGUGGGGGAUAAUUGGGUUUGGGGGUCUUUUUUCUUUAGUGGUGUUUGUGCUUAGCUUUCUUCAGAACUUUUGGCUCUUUUUAAGGCUUGGUGAGUAAAAAUAUAAGUUUAGCCUUGUAAUGCUCAGUUGUUUUUGUAAGCAGCAGGCCCCUUGCCCAUCUCUUCUCUCUUUCUUUUGCCUUUAUCUGAUGUGUAAAGUGGGGUUUUGGUUUGGCAUUUUGGCUUUAGAUGUUGAUUAAAUGGAUAUUGAAUGUUUGGAUAGAUGGAUCCAAAUGAUUUAGUUACAUUUUGUGCCAAGAGAAUAGAGGCUCAAGACUUUUCAUGGGAAAAUUUGCCGAGACAGAUUGACAGACAGGUGUCAUAUUUGGUGAUUGUAUCUUCAAAAGUUUUGGCAUUUUGCUCUUUGGUUAUGACUUGUGUAGGACCCU